UUGAUUGGAUUAGCCAAAUUUCAGCUCACUUGGCUCCUGCUACCGGACCGGCAACGCUUAUCCGCAGGCCGCGCCGGGCCCGGCGACAGCUCCGGCCCGCGAUCGACAGAUCUUUUUACAGUAAAGCUACAUGUAGCUGUAGCCAAGCAGAGUGCCGCACCCAUCAAAUGUGUGAUGUCUGGAGCUGGAAAUUCCGUUUUAUCAUAGACUAGUUGAUGACUCUAUUUCAAAAUCAUGGGUAAAGGUUGCUGUGAAGAUGGUUGCUGCAAUUGUAUUUGGAGAUAUUACUCACCUUUUGUCCGGACGUGUGGAGUUUUAGUCGGAGGAGCACUAUGGGCAAUAGGCAUCACACAGAUAUAUGAUGCUUCGACAGGGGAAACAGAUUUAUUCUUCAUUUACAUAUUAUUUGCUGCAUUGGUUGUAUCUCUCCUGGAGCUUAUGAUAUUUAUUGCUCCAUGUUGUGACAACUGCUGUAGUAGAGAUGGAAGGUGUUAUGUAUACUGGGAGUAUAUGAACUGGCUAGACAACUGGAAGAGGGCCAUACUAUAUCUUCUCUUGUCCGUCUUCUGUUAUAUCAGGCACUCUAACGCAUUAGCAAUAUUAGCAGGAGCCAUACUGGAUAUUCUUGCAAUCAUCUACAUCAUCCGCACCUACCGCAUCAGCCCUGAGGACCACGACCCUGAAGCAGAUUCCGGAUCGACCCGCAUGGGGAGCCGCACCUACGGCAGAUUCCACAAUGAGGACGCUCAACGGGGGAUGAGUUCCCCCAGCGUUGCGGGAUCGGAGGAGUCGGGCCCACCCCGCACCCUCGACGGACCAAAGUACGAAGCAGAGGCACGGUAUCCCGGUGGCAAUGUGCCCAACCCUUUUGAGGAAGAGCCCAAAGAUGAAGACGUAGCUCCGGAAGGUGAUGCAGGGUUGUCAAGAUACCCUCCUUAGUACUUAAAGAAUAUUAGACACCUUUUAUAGAUUAAUACUGUUUGUAUCUUGUUUUUUGUUUUAUGACAUGUCAAAGGUUUCACACAGCCAUUUUUGUCAGUGAUACCGAGUGAGACCUCUAUUUUCUAACAUGGCAAUACCUGUACAGUGAUAAAUGGUGAAGUUUCAAAGAGCCUCUAGAGGGAAAUGGCUUUAUAGAGAAGGUGCAGUCCUGAGCAUUUGAUUUGGACACCUUCUAUAAAAUUUGGCCCACAGUUACGUUGGUGCAACCCCCUCC